AUGAAACUAAAAUUGCGAUAUCACCGCUUGGUCGAUAGGCUGAAGAAGCCUAAGCGAUCCAGCAAGAAACCAGAAAGACCACAACAUGAAAGUUCACCACCGCAAUCAAGCCCAGUCGCGGCGCCAUCUUCAAUACCCAAGAUAUAUGAUCCCUGGAUCGAAAGCGAGGAACUCUUGCGAAAAGACCCGGAAACUAAGAAACUCCUCGAAAAUGCGACGGAGAUUCUGCGAAGCAAUGGGCUGAGCUUUGGCUCAAGUACAGCGCAGAAUCAUCAACAACUUUGCAGCUUUUUGGAGGACGGGGCCCAGAAAUUGGACGAAAGCAAAUGGAGGAUUGGUGACAGCCAAACUCCCUUAGAGAGACACCUUACCCCGGUAUUCAAAAAUGUUUUGAUGGUGAAAGACCUUAUCAAUGCAGCAGCGGCGUCAUCGCCGCCCGCUGCAAUUGCUUGUGCGUCAUUGACAGUAGUCUUCACUCUUUUCAUUCAAUCCAUGGAACAGCAAGACAGCCUCAUACACGGGCUCAGCCGAACCGCCGCAUUGAUACCCCGGGUCCAUGUAAUGCAGGAUCUUUACUUGCACUCCCAAUCGACUGAAAGGCUGACCGAAGGUUUCAUGACAAAGUUCCAGGGGACUUUGACUUCGCUAUGCAGCAAGCUAUUGGAAUUCAAUGCCAGAGCCCUGCUACAUUUUGAGAAAAGUUCAUUGGUCCAAUUUUCCAGAGGUGCGGUCAAGAAGGAUCCGUGGACUGCUCUCGUUCAAGACAUGAAAGACCUCGAAGUCGAAUCACACCGCUUCACAACUCUUCUCGACGCAGCAAACAGGAAAUCCGAAAGUCUGGAAUGGCAAAAGAGAUACGAAAAGCUUGAAAAUGAUAUCAUGGCGUACAGCGUCUGGCAAAAGGACACGGUUCGGGAUAAGAAAGUGAUAGAAUUCCUUCGAAUGCUCUACACCUGUCCAUAUCGAGACCGAAAAGAUAGAAAUCGUGAUCGUGUCCCUGGAACAUGUGAAUGGUUUGUCCGUCAUCAACGUUUCCAAGAAUGGAACCAGAACCAAAAUUCUCGUCUCCUGUGGGUUUCAGCCGACCCAGGAUGCGGCAAGUCGGUUCUUGCCAGAUACUUAGUCAACGAAGUGCUUCCAAGGCCUAGUGGAAGGACAAUAUGCUAUUUCUUCUUCAAGGAUGACUUUGAUGACCAAAACAAUGUGACAAGUGCACUUUCAAGUCUGAUACGGCAGCUUUUCAUAGCCCUGCCCUCUUUGUUAUCAAAUUCCAUACUGGAAAAGGCGGACACAGAUGGCGACCAAUUAAUUGGCUCGUUUUCGGAUCUGUGGACUAUACUCACGACUGUCACGAGUGACCCACGAGCGGGCGAGGUCGUGGUUGUAUUUGAUGCCUUGGACGAAUGUCGUGACGCCGACCGAAGUGAGCUCAUCGAAAAAGUGACAGAUCUUUAUCUGCACCCCGAAAACACCCGGAGCCUGAAGAUUUUGCUAACGAGCCGACCAUAUGGCCAUAUUCAAAGUGGCUUCCGAAAGAUUGAAAGAGCAUGGCCAACAAUCCAUCUGAGUGGAGAGGUUGGAGAGCCAGCCGAACAAAUUGCCGAAGAAAUCAAUCUGGUAGUCGAUGAUGCUAUCGAGAAAAUCACAGAAGCGAAAGACCUUGAUGAUGAUGAUCAUGACUUUCUGCAAGAAGAACUGGCAAAAAUCUCAAAUCGCACUUAUCUCUGGGUUACGUUGACCUUGGAGUAUAUAAAAACAACUCCUUUCAGACGGGGAAAUGUUCGCCGAGCCUUGGGUGAAGAUAUCCCUGCAUCGGUAAACGACGCCUACGAGAAGAUGCUGGAUCGAAGCUUAGACCACAAACGAGCCAGAAUCGUCCUCCACGUUGUUUUGGGUGCGAGAAAACCGCUCUCAUUGGAGGAAGUUUCGGUCGCCCUAGCCCUACAAAGCACCCAUGAAUGCGAAGAUGAUGUUAAAGAGGAAAUGGAACCAGAGAACACAUUUAGGAGCACUUUACGAGACCUCUGUGGCUUGUUGUUGUGGAUUAAUGAUGACAAAGUCUAUCUUCUGCAUCAGACUGUGAAAGAAUUCCUGGUACCGCGUGAUGUGGUCGACUCAAAUGGACCUACCUGGCAAGAUUCCUUCCCAGCAACUGGGUCUCACAAGAUUUUGGCGAAGAGAUGUAUUUGGUUCUUCCAGUUUCAUACACUGGACCCAAGAUUGACCGCUUUUGCUGGCUAUGCGUCGGACUAUUGGGAAUAUCAUUUUCGUGAGUCAUGUUUCGACAAAACCGAAGAUGCUACAAUGCUAGCGUUGAUUCUUUGUGACCCAAACUCAGAGCCAAAUCGAAUAUGGCAACAGCAUGACGGGAAGCGCUUCAAAUCGAGGCGCAGCUUCAAGCGCUACAUUGGCUUCAAGCGCGAUCGCAACACAAAUCUACGCAUCGAUCGCGUUGACUUCCCGUAUGGUACCCCGCCCUUUAUUCUGGCAUCUAGACUUGGGCUUCAAGCUGUUGUUGAAAAAUUGCUAGAGUCGCAGCUACACGAGUGCGAUACCCGGGAGAAGAAAUUUUACAGAACGCCACUUUCUAAUGCAGCGCAAGCUGGCCACGAGAAUGUGGUGAAGUUGCUUCUUGAUACCCGCAAAGUUGACGUGGAUUCUCGAGAUGCGAAGCAACGAACGCCAUUUUCAUAUGCUGCAGCGCGAGGCCACGAGGGGGUGGUACAUCUGCUUCUUGAUACCGGAGGCGUUGACGUGAAUUCUCAAGAUGUGAAGCAACGGACACCACUCUCAUACGCCGCAUGGCUGGGCCAGGAAAGGGUAGUCCAGCUGCUCCUUCAUAUCAAGGAAACUAAAGUCGAUUCUCCAGACAGCAAACAACGAACACCACUUUCAUACGCUGUGGCGCGGGGUCACGAGAGAGUAGUAAAGCUGCUUCUCGAUACUGGGCAGGUUUACGUUGAUUCUCAAGAUGAUACACAACGGACACCACUCUCGUACGCUGCAGUGCGAGGCAAUGACAGGGUGGUACAGCUACUCCUGGAUACCGGACAGGUUGAUGUGAAUUCCCAAGAUGCUAGACACCAAACACCACUCUCAUAUGCUAUACAGGAGGGGGAUAAAAAGGUGAUACAACUGCUUCAAUUGUAUAGGAACAGUGCUAAGAGCUGA